GAAACCAAAUCUUCCCUUCAACCUUCCCCAUUCAGUGAUCUCAAAGCUACAAAAUUUCUAGCCAAAAAACGAAAAUGCUUCAGGAAAUCAUCAGUCCCUUCGAGACCGGUCGAAUGGAUGUUUUGAAAUCCAUCUGUGAGCAUCUUUUUGAAGACCAUGAUGAUGGUGUCAACCCAACAUUUUAUGCACCAGCUCCUGCAAACACCUACUCAUGGAGUUCAAGCUUCAGCGAUCUCUUGCUGACGGAGAGCUGGAGCGAACUAGCCCUAAAAGUCGACGACUCGGAGGACAUGUUGGUGUACGGCGCUAUGUGCGACGCGCUCAAUCCCGGGUGGACAAUGCCUUCGGCUUCGAAUCAAGAACUUGAUUUCGAAGUGACGGCGGUUGAUUAUGACGGCAUUGGUCUGGCUUCGUAUCAAGAACUUGAUCUCGAAGUAACGACCGUCGAUGACAACAGCACUGAUUUGGCAACAGAGAAGAAACCAGAGAUGGUGGAGCAGGAGGUGCAAAUGCCGGUCGAGAAGACACAUUAUAAAGGAGUGAGGAGGAGGCCAUGGGGGAAAUACGCGGCGGAGAUAAGGGACCCCAAGAAGAACGGCGCAAGGAUUUGGCUCGGGACUUACGAGAAGCCCGAGGAUGCGGCAUUGGCCUAUGACCGGGCAGCUUUUAAGAUGAGGGGGUCCAAGGCCAAGGUCAACUUCCCUCACCUCAUCGGUUCGGCCGAGUACGAGCCUGUCAGGAUCAGCCGCAAGCAUUUGUCUCCCGAGCCUAGCUCGCCAUCCGGGUCCAGCGAUGACGGCUUGAUGACUAGGAUGAAGAGGAGAAAGAGAGAGGUCAAUGCGGAUGCUGAGGUGGAUUUGGGAACUCCAAUCCCUUUUCCCAUAUUGGAUAUGGGUUUUUUGAGUGGGGAUGAACAAUUUGUACUUUGAUUAUGCAAACUGCGAUGAUAUUGUAUGAUCAAUGAUAAGUCAAUCAGGCAAUUUAUUU